UUACGUGUUCUUUUCGUGGUAGGAUCCGAGGUGAACAGUGCUUCGAAAAAAAAAAAAAAAGAAAUAACCAUUUUAUACAAACCACGUUUUUUUUUUCUUUUUUUUUUUUAAUUUUAUUAAUCGUGUAUUAAAACUCAACUAGUGUACUUGUGUAAUAAUUAAGUUCGCGUAACCCUCAUUCAGGGUUUGUUGAUUAAAUUCAAUAAAAUAUAUAAUUUAAAUUAAAUUAAUAAACAUGGCCGCGGAAAAUAAUGUUAAACCUGAGCCAGCAAAACCAGCUCAACAAGAAAAUCAACGUGAAAAUACUAACAAUGAUAGUAACACGAAUAAUCCACGACCUGGUGGCGGUUCACAAAAUGCUGGUGUCAGUGGAUCACAAGGAGGCGGUGGCGGUAAUCGUGGCGGUGGCAUGAAUAAUAAUAACAAUAAUAAUAAUCGUGGACGUAAAAAUUCAAGAUUUUCUGGAGGUCGUGGAGGUAAUCAUGGCGGCGGAGGGCCUAGAAACAAUCAAGACAUGCAGAUAAAAAUGAGUGACUCCAUGAUUGAAGCUGAAAUGGGCAACAAUGAAAACAACAAAAUGGGAGGUGGUGGUGGAUUUCAUGGUGGACGAGGUGGUGGUAUGCGUGGUGGAAGAGGAGGAGGUCGUGGAGGACCUGGUGGUCCAGGUGGUAAUCGUGGUGGACCUGGUGGCGGCGGUGGUGGUGGUGGAGGAGACGGUAUGAAUCGUUCUCAAGAGGACAGAUUAAUGGAAAGAAUUAUGAGUAUUGGUGGUCCAACACAUGAAUUACCACCUCAAGACACAUCAGAAAAAAAAUUCAAUGGACGUAAUCGUCUUUAUAUUGGUAGUCUUCCAAAUGACAUCACUGACGAGGAAAUUCAAACUAUGUUCACACCAUUUGGUGAAAUAUCAGAAUUGUUUCUUAACAAAGAAAAGAAUUUUGCUUUUGUCAGAAUGGACUUUAGAGUAAAUGCUGAAAAAGCUAAGCAUGAGCUUGAUGGACACAUGUGGAAAGGUCGACCACUCAAAGUACGUUUUGCUCCACAUUUAUCAAAAUUAAAGGUCAAAAAUAUGACACCAUGGGUUUCAAAUGAACUCUUGGAGAGAGCAUUUAGUGUAUUUGGUGAGAUUGAACGAGCAACUGUAAUCGUUGACGAAAGAGGUCAAAGUACAUGUGAGGGUAUUGUCGAGUACACAAGAAAAUCAUCAGCAAUGGCAGCAUUAAAAAAAUGCACUGAUGGUUGUUACUUCUUGACUGCAUCAUUAAGACCAGUUGUCGUUGAGCAACUCCAACAACAAGAUGACAUUGAUGGUUAUCCAGAUAAAAAUAUUCCUCGUAACAAAAAGGACUUCAAGGCCAAUGUUGGACCACGUUUUGACGGCAGCUUGAGGCAUGAUGGCACCAGAUUACAAACAAAGAUACAAAAAAAAAGAAUGAUUGCUGAAGAAGAAAAACUUGAAGCACAAAUGGAAUUUGCUCGUUAUGAGCAUGAGACUGAAUUACUUAGAGACAAAUUGAGACUGAGAGAAGCUGAUCGUGAACAUAAAAAACGUCAGUGGGAAAUGAAAGAACGUGAAAUUGAAGAACAAAGAUCUCAUGAAGAUGAAAAUCGUAGACGUAAAGAAGAAGACAUGACUCUUAGAAUUCAUCGUCAAGAAGAAGAGCUUCACAGACGUCAGCAGGAAAAUAAUAUUUUUAUGCAAGAAAAUAAUAUUUUCAUGCAAGAACAAGCCAUGAGAGGUAACAGUGGUGGUGGCAAUGGUGGUGCAACUGGAACUGGAAUUGGUAAUCUUGGUGGUGGCAACAACACUGGAAAAAAUUACGAACCUUUAUUAAGCAAUAACAAACGUGAAGGCUACGGUGGACCUGAUGGAGGCAACAAUUUACCAGUGGACCCAAAGUCAUUUAUGGAUUCGUAUAAUAUGGAUCGUAGUGGUAGUAAUAGGGGUGGUGGAGGUGGAGUUUAUAAUGAUGAGCGUGGUGGACCAAUAAUGGAUUUAAUGGAUAUGAGAGUUGAUUUAGUUGGAAAUAUGGGUGGUAAUAAUCGUGGUAAUAGUACUGGAGGAAGUGUUGGUGGUGGAGGUGGGGGUGGUCGUUGGCAAGGUGGCAACGAUAGAAAUCGACAAGAAGAUUAUCCAAAUAAACGAAGACGUUACUGAAUUCUCAUCAGUAUUAACUCAAUCAGUAAAUGUUUAAUUAGUUUUUUUUUUGUUUUUUCAAAAUUGAAUAUUAUUAAUGUUCAUAAAAUUACUUAUUCAUUUAUUUUCAUUUUUGUGUUGAUCGUUCAUCAACAAUAUCAUCUUGAAUUUGCAAUUGUUCUCUUAAAGAUAUAAUUUUUAUUUUUUCUUGACUCUGACUUAUUCCAGUACAGAAAAUUAUAUUAAUUUUUUAUAACUCAAAUUAAGAUGAAAUUUAUAUAUUUUUUUUUUUUUCUUUUUUAAUUUAACAUUAUUAUUUUUUAAAGAAAAAAAAAUUACUUUAAUUACACAAUAUUACAAGUAAAUUAUUUAAAGUAUUUGAUGAUGAUUAUUAUUUUUUAUUAUAUUGACUUAUUAUUUUUUUUUUUUUCUUGUGUAAUGAGAGCUAUAAAAAUAAUGAUAGAAAAAAAAUUACGCUACAUGAUAUUUAUUAUUCGUGUUGAGUGAUUUACAAUUGGCGCAAUUUGCCAUGAUAAAAUGUGUAAUAAGAUUUAAAGAAAAAAGUAAUAUAAUAAUUUAAGAAUUAUUGAGAUUACGAUGGCUAGUCUUUUCUCCUUGUUAAUUUCUAAUACGAAUUUAAACAAAUGAAAAAAAAAAUCAUAUAACGACUUGGAGAAAUGAAUAUCUUUAUAUAAAAAAAAAACCGUCU